AUGCCUAAAAGAACAGGUCUUGGUGAGUUUCUAGCAGUAAAUCUGAAACAUGGGCUGGGAAUUCGUUCUCUACCUCCAUCACUGAGGAUUCCACUAGCUGGAGAUUAUUUUCCACCAUUUCCUCUCUUGGGGGCUGAAAAAGGAGCUGCUGGGGCUGCUGUUAGUUACCCACAGCAACCCCCCGUACCCUGCCUCAAUAAAUACGGAUCGAUUCUUAUCGAUAUACCGUUUGUCGAUCAGAGCUUUUACGGAAAGGAAGUAUAUGACUACCACGAGGAGCUGAGACAUGUUGGGGUCAUGUCUGAGUUUAAGGAUGCAUGCGAGUACAUUGGGAAUCAUCUCAUGUCUAUAGCGGUCUCGUCAGCUCUGACUCGUGCCCAUUUCUACUCGAUACUGAGCUUUAUCCGAUUCUUGAGGGAUAAACUCCUUCCUCCCGAUGGUUUUAUCAAUAGCAUCAAGAAAAAUGGCUGCGGACUUCACAAGGCGAAAGGAGCCCCUGGGAAUCCGUGCUUUACGACCCGGAAUGGGAAGUCGCCUCUCAUCGCACAAAUCAUUUCUGAGGUUCUGAGGCUAAACUGCAAUUCACUUUUUUUUUUUGGGCUUGAGAAGACACUGAAAAUGACAACUAAAACGAAUUAA